AUGUCUUCUCCAUUUCCCCUCCUUCGUCUUCCUCGAUUAGUUAUGUUCGAGGUAUUCAAAUCAUUGAGUAUCGGCGAGAAAAUCCAGCUCUCCCUCUGCUCGAAGAAAACCUUGGCUCGAUUCAAUAAUGCUCGUUUGUACUCUCAAAAAGUUCAUGUGCAUCUGGACAUGACGAUCGAAAGAAUCCAAGUGUACCCUGAGGAUUUCAAAGAUUGGUUCCAAAUUGGUAUUCAUAUCGAUAGAAAGAUUGACAAUCCAACAAUCCAGCUUUUUGGACGGCGUAUUGUACCAAUGUACAAAACCAUAAAGACGUACUGGAAGAACCUUGGGGAAGGGUUUUUAUGUGUCACAAGACAUCUUUUGAAGAUGUUUCACUGCGAGAUAUCAACCGGAAAGGAAUGCUGGCGGAAUGAUUUUUUCCAACCGGUAAUUUCUGAGUUGUUCGAGCAACAAGUGAAAUUCAAGACGCUCACUAUUCGCCUUAAUGGAUCAACGGAUGAACACUUGUUCUGGAACCAGAUAUCCAAUAAAUUUGGAUUGGUCAAGGAUCUUAGCAUCUCAUCCGUUGCUAAUCUUGGUUUCAGCCCAGUUUUCACUUCAUGGCCACAAGCAAUUACUAUCAUGAAUUCCGAUUGGUUCACUCUGGAAACUCUAUUGACCUGUCCAUGCUCUUUCAUUAACCUCGAGAAUUCAACUCUGGAGAACAAGGAUUUAAAUGAGAUACUUAGGAAGUGGAUGAGUGGAGGAUUCCCAAAUCUAAAACGUCUGAUGAUUAGUGGCCUGUUGAUCACGGAGGAUGAAGAAGAUAUUUUGGGAAUAGAUUUUGUGGAAUUAGACGGAACGGUUAUCCGAACUGAUGAUGGAUCAAAGAAGGCAACAUUCAAAACUGACCACCAAAGUAUUGAAAUGUCUGUGUCUCCAUUUGAAUAA